GCUCGGCGCUCGCGCGCGGCGCCUGCCGGGGAGUGGAGGGGCACGCGGGCCGGCGCGGCGCGCGGGCGGGAGGAGAUGGCGUCGCAGCCGCCGCCUCCCAAGCCCUGGGAGAACCGGCGGCUGCCGGGCACCGCAGCCGCCUUCAAGUCUGCUGACUUGGGUGACAACCUGCUGACCAGACCUGGACAACCCACAGUUGCACGAAUACCUCCGCCUAUUUUGCCAAGACCAUCACAGCAAACAGGAAGCAGUAGCCUGAGUACUUUCAGGCCAGCGUAUAGCAGUUCUUUUUCUCCAGGCUAUGGUUCAUAUGGAACCUCUUUUUAUGGAAGCUAUAGUCCUUACAGUUACGGAUAUGGUGCUUAUGGUGGUUUGGGUUAUAACCGCUUCCGUAUUGAUGAUAUUCCUCCCAGCAGGUUUGUUCAGCAGGCUGAAGAGAGCAGCAGAGGUGCAUUUCAGUCCAUUGAAAGUAUUGUGCAUGCAUUUGCCUCAGUUAGCAUGAUGAUGGAUGCUACCUUUUCAGCUGUGUACAACAGUUUCAGAGCUGUGUUGGAUGUAGCCAAUCACUUCUCCCGCCUCAAAGUACAUUUCACAAAGGUGUUUUCAGCUUUUGCUUUAGUGAGAACUAUAAGAUAUCUCUACCAACGUCUGCAACAAUUACUAGGCCUGCGACAGAGCUCUGAGAAUGAAGAUUUGUGGGCUGAAAGUGAGGGAACAGUGGCUCGCGCUGGCCUUGAAGACAAGAUGGCUAACUCUGCAAAAUCAUGGCCCAUUUUCUUGUUCUUUGCUGUUAUAAUGGGAGGUCCCUAUCUGAUUUGGAAACUACUUUCCACAUACAGUGACGAAGAAGCAGUAUCUAGUAACUGGGCAAGUGGAGAAGAUGAUCAUGUAGUUGGAAGAGCAGAAUAUGAUUUCAGUGCUCUCUCAGAAGAAGAAAUUUCUUUCCGUGCUGGUGACAUCCUAAAAUUAGCACCCAAAGAACAGCAACCCAAAAUCCGUGGUUGGCUUUUGGCUAGUUAUGAUGGCCAAACGAAAGGACUUGUGCCAGCUAAUUACAUCAAAAUCCUGGGCAAAAGAAGAGGUAGGAAAACUGUGGACCUGGAAAGGAUUACAAAGCAACAGCCAGCCUUUACCAGCACAUCUGUCAGAGGAUCCACUGCCGCUGUGACUUUAGAGGAGCAGGAAGCUGCUUUUGAUUCUGUUUUUGCUGGAAGUAACAAAGUUCCGCUUGCAUCUGACUCCACUGUGGUUAGUGGAGAGAAACAGGAACUCUAACAUGCUUUUGUCAACAAAGUAACUGAACUGCGCUUUAUUGAUAAAACUUAGGGUUUGUUGAAAGUCUGUAUUGUGGAACACUGACGAGUCUGUAUCAGUUACUGCUGCUACUGACUAAUGAAGGAUGGAGAAACAAUUGCUCAAAUUUCUACUAUUUAUUUUUGACUUACUUAUUUUUGGCUGUACAUUAGUGAUGCUACCCAACCACCUGGCAGCAGCUCUGAAAUCUGGAGAGGAGAAGAAUUGAGGCAUUUAUGACAAAGCAGUCAAAAAAAAAAAAAAAAUGGGAACUGCCAGCCUAUUCUCAUUAAGAGACAAACUGCUGGUGGAAUCUGGAGAUUACAUCCAGCCUUCAUUGGAAUGUCAGCUCGACAAGAGGCCUCUUCAAUAGAUGUGCAGAGGGAAGACAGAUUGCUGUAAGAUGUCCUACAAAACUGGGUGUGGAGGACCAUAAAAUAGUAAUAAUUAAUUGUUUCCCCCUGAAAGGAAGGAGAAUUGCAAGAGAUAGAGGUGACACAAUCAGAUCAUUACAAGUUCUAAGUUGCUUGUUUUUCGUAAGAAGGACUUCUGUCAUAGAGGCCUUAGCCCUUAUGAAAAAGGGCUUGUGAGAAAGAGGAAAUACAGUUGCAAAGAAAGAGCAGUGAGGCAUCAGCAGUAGUUCUCACCUGUUCUCUUCUGUUUAUUAACAUAACACUAGAAUAAAGGGUGAUCUGCAGUCUGGCACUUUCCAGCACACUUAUUGUUAUUCUCUCCUGUGGUAAACAAGAUUUUGCAUCAUUCCUAGCCAUUUUUGUGUUGUAUCCUGUUAACUGCCUCUCAGUAAUCUAUCAGCUUCCAUCUGCCUCGCAACUUAUUGCGCAACCAAAAAACCAAUUUAUUGGUUUUAUAUGAAUGUAAAAAUGUCUAUCCUGAUUUAGGUGUAGUAGGAAAGCAUUGGGUUGAGGUGAGUUUAAUGUAACUCAAGAGACCCAGAAAAAGUAACAUUUCUUGCUUAAUUGUCUCAGUUAUGGAAGGUCUUGGAGUUAGCUCUUGAUACUGCCUUUCAAGGUGAUGAGUUUUGCAUCUGCCCAUAAAAUUUGAGAGCUCUGGUUUCUCAAAAGCCAUAAAAAUGUUAAGACUGUUCAAAGUAUUUAGUAUUUUCUUCCUAUUGGUGUUUGAGAGUUCUGUAUUGAAAUACUGUUUUGAUUUUUUUAAAUGAAGCAGAGAUAAUUAAAAGUAAUUUUCCUUGUAUACAUGUAUAACAUGUUGAGCUUCUGAAGGUUAGAGCAAUGGAUAAAAUAACUAAAGCUUGUCUUAAUCAUCAAAAUAGCUUUUCUUUUUUUAUUUUAAAUGUACUCAAAAGUAUUAGUGAAAGUAGGGCAUGUGCCUUUGCCUAAUUGAUCCAGUGGUUUCAGUUUGACUGAUAUCUUCACCCAUUAUGUGUUGGCAAAGCUUCAGUAUUUAUACUUUAAUUACGUUUGCUGGCCUUGAGUUCUUAUAGAAUUCUCUUCACUGCAAUAGAACUCUGUCAAGAAAAAUUGAUGUGAGCACAGUUUUAUUGAGGUAGAGUGGCUGAAAAGAUGGAUAUUAUGCGGAAUCUUGGGUUUUGAAGUAAUCUCUGAAUGCCAGUUAAUAAUUAGAGCAAGAAUUUAAGUGCUUAUGCUCGGGUAUUGGAAAAAAUAUUGUUACUACAUUGUUAGAUCUUCAAGUGCAGAGAAAAAGGAAAGAGUAGUUGAAGGGCAAAUGAGAGACUUGAAACUAGGUUUACUGGGUUUAAAACAGAACACAUUCCUGAGACACUUCCCAGUGUACCAGGGCAUUGAACAAAAUUAUUUAUAUUUGGAAAUUACGUAUGUUGUUGAAAUUAAAAUAGCAAACAAUCUGAAAUAUAAAAUAUAUAAAGGAAAAAAAGGUGGGGGGAAGGAGGAAUCAAGUGUACAGUUCUGCUUACAGUGUAUAUUCAUGGAGGGAAUUAAUUUACUGUUGUUAGAUUUAAUUAUUGGCCUGUCAGCCUCUCUUGCGUCAGUGAAAGAUUUGAUCUUUUAAAUAAAUGAAUAAAUAAGCCCCAAAGUUUUUGUAGUGUAUCCAUUCAAGUAGACUUCUGUUUUCCUGCUCAGAACUAGCAUCAGGACAAAACAUGAGUCCUACAAUUUCAUUGUCCAUGUUUCUGCCUACACAUCAGGUUACAGAAAAAACAUCUGACUGACUGCUGAUUGAGAAAAGGAGGCUGGCUGACAGGCUGCUCAAGACUUGCCCAACUUUAGAAAGGUGAGAAGACUAAAAGGAGCAGGUGUGGCUGCAACAGGAUUUAUGUAUAAGAGGAGAUUAGAAAAGAGAUUCUAUUGAAAUAUUGCCAAACUUCUCUAUUGGACACUGGACCUUUAUGUUAUUCUUUGGAAAUACUUAUAUACCUGUAGCAGACCUAGAAGUCUAACAGUCCUAUAAUACUUGCUUAUUUAAGGCUUUAGUUUAAUCUUUCUUUUAAUUUAAUUUGAUACUUGUAGUAUGCCAACUGUUUCAUGCUUGAAUACUCUCUGAACCAAUGACAGGUGCCAGUUUUGACUGUUUCUCUGGGUGCUAGCAGUACGUGAACAUGCGCACAUCCAGAUUCUGAACAAUAAAUUAAAAAUACCCUCUUUGUCAAGUAGAACUUAAUAAAAUUGUCUGCUACAUUUGCACAGGUUCUGUGGAACUAGCUGUGCAUCUCAGCUAGUGAGAUCAUUUUGACUUUUUGGCAAUCUUUGUGACAUUUACUAGUCAGGUAAAUGAAAAGAAAACGCAGUUUCUUACAAAUCUGAUCUGUUUGCAAUAAAAGUUUUCCAGAAGAGGUACAAACUCAGAAACCAACACAGUGAUUUUCUUGGCACACCACUGCAGAAGUACUCUUGUCCACGACAGUUGCAGAACCGCACUUCUAUUUUACAAAACAGAUAAAAUGAAAGUGUAUGUUUUUAAGUGGCUUCUUCCAGGUUUUUUUUUUAUCCAUGCAGGUGUGGCUGUGUGUUGGGAUUAGUGAACAUCUUAGGUCUGUAAUGGCGGGUAGUAAUUCUGUAUGUCCACAGGUGGGGAUGAACUUCCCUCACUUCUCCCUUGGCCCCUACAUUUUGUCUUGAGACUGGUUCUUCUGCAGGUGGAUGUGAAGGAAGUUUGGGAUGAUAAAUCUGGCUCCUGGAUUCUGUGGGCAUAGGGAACACAGCCUUUAAGCAGCUGGAUAAUCUCUCCUUGAAAUUAACAGGUAUAACCAGUUUAACUGGUAACAGAGGGAUAACGUCAAUGUGAGGCACCUCUGGAUCCCUCUUGUCGAAAGUUUUCAAUGCCACUUUGAGAUACCAAAGUUCCCCAAAUUUCAUAGUAGCUGCAAAAC